AUGCCGAAAGGCAAGGUUGUUGCUCAUCGAUGGAAAAUAAAGCAAAAACUUGGCGAAGGUGGAUUCGGAGCUGUCUACAAGGUUGUCAAUAUGGAGACAAUGACUCCUGCAGCAUUGAAAGUUGAAACCAUCAGGAAACAUGGUGUGCUGAAGUUGGAAGCAAUGAUUUUGCGACGGCUCGCAGAUUACCCUUUCUUUCCGCAUCUCUUGGACUCAGGGAAGAAAGCCACGUACUCGUAUAUAAUCCUCACAUUACUUGGACCAAGUCUCAAUAAGAUACUAAAACUCUAUGGGAAAGUUUGUAGUGUUUCCACUCAAGUGAGAGUGGGAAUUAAUGUGCUAUUUGCACUCAAACAGCUUCAUGACAUUGGUUUCGUACAUCGUGAUUUGAAGCCAGGAAACUUGGCAGUUGGUCCUGUAGGCACGCCACAGUUCCGACUGAUACAUAUGUUUGACUUUGGUCUAGCACGACAAUAUGUCAUUACCUCAGAAGGAGGGCGACCAAAAAUGCGGAGGCCCCGUCCACGAGUCCACUUCAGGGGAACGCUCCGCUAUUGCUCGAUUAACUGUCACGAAAAGGGAGAACAAGGACGUGACGAUGAUUUAUGGUGUUAUUUGUAUAUGUUGAUUGAGCUUCGAGGACCAUUACCGUGGGCAAUUAUAAGGGAAGGACCAAAUAUUCUGGAAGUAAAGAAGACAGUUGAUUUAGAAGAAAUGUUAAAAAACUGCCCAGUGGAGUUCAUUUCCAUUGCACAACAUCUUAUGACACUUAAUUACUACUUACGUCCUAAUUACGCUUUGAUAUAUCGUCUACUCAUGCAAGUUAUGAAUGCUGGAAACUUUAACUUUUCUGAUCCCUACGACUGGGAAAUGAAGUCGUCUAUCCCCUCUUCAGCAGAAUGCGCAAGAGAUCUUGAACUCGAAUGCACCCAAGGGCAGACUUCAGGGACUACGUUGAAU